AUGGAUAAAUCACAUGACAAAUUCAAGUUGAAAUUAGAAUCACUUAGAUCACUUUAUGGUACGAAUGUAUGCUGCGUUUGUCAAGAGGAAAGUUCUGGUGCACAUACCUGUUGCAUCUGUGGACAAAUUAUCCACGCGAUUUGCGCAGACAAUACUUUAGAAACUGAAGAGGGUUUUGGAAGUAAAGUAACGUGUCCGAGGUGUGCGCAAAAAGAAUGUAUGUCUGCAAAUAAAGAAAAGGCAAUUGAUGGUCUUCAAGCUCAAGCGGAUACUAUGAAAAAAUUGUCAAAUCAAAAGUUUCCUGCGGUUGAAGUGGGAAACACUGUUACGGUACCAAUUCCUUCUGUUGAUAGGGCUAAAGGUGAUGCUCGAAAUUUGCUUUGUGUUGUAACAGAGAAAACUGAGGACGGGUUCUAUAAAGUUUUUAGGAUGGAUUUUGAUAGCAAAGCGGGACCCUCAAAAAUAGUUAGAUAUGGCGAUUCGGACUACGAAGAAACUUUGCUGAAAUGGGCUGCUGAGGUGGAUGAGGAAAAUGAAAACGGCAGUGGUAUUGAUUCAGAUGCCGAAUUGAUUUACAGUGAUAAUGAGAGCGUUCGGAACAAGAAUGGAUAGAGAUUGCGAAAUACUUUCUACUGAAGAAGAUGAGACAUCGAACCGCGUUUCUAGAGGAAACUAUUUCUAUGGAAAAAAAACCGUUUCAAAUGGUUUGCGUGGACUGUGCAAAAUGACAAAAUUACUUCGAAAACCUACUGCACGUUUCCAGAAUAUUACCUUCACGUUAAUUUCUGAUCGUGAUAAGUAUUCUCUUUUAUGUUUUUAACGAGUUUUGUAUGAAAAGUACUUAGUAACUUCAUUUUUUUAAGUUAAAAAGUUACCAAAAAUGUUAUUGUAAAAAUUCACGUAAAAUUGUGUAC